AUUCAACAUCAGAGUUUGACACUUAGACUUAUCGCGAAAAAUAAAAUAAACUUUUGCGGUAUUUACGAAUAAAGUAGUAGACUUCGGUGAAUCUCAAUCGAUUUGUAUUUUAUUAUGAAGGUUACUUGAUUAAGAGUCAAACUGCAUGUUGGAUCAUGAAACUUCUCAAACUGCGGCUACGACCAUUGCGUGUCAUCUACAUUGUCUUGUUCCUGAUUCUUCUGAUCAUCAUUGGCUACUGGAUAACUCCAAACCGUCGAAAUCAUACAGGCGAUUUUGCACUGUUUAUGGGUGAUGGGAAAGGGAGCAGAAAAGAGGGAUAUGGGACUCACGAUGAUAGGGAGUCUAUGGAUGACUUUGGCCAUAGACAGCAAAUUCAAGAGAAUGCUGGGAAAAACAACCCUUCACAACCAAAGCAAACUGCAAAAGACCGUCAGAAGGAGAGACAGCUGAUGAAGGAAAGAGCAGAGAUUCAACAAAAACAGCACCUUGCUGCAGAGAAGCUGAGACAGCAUAAGCUGAGAGAAAUAGAAAGACGUAAGGCACCCAGGACUACUUUAUCACCAGAAGCAAAACACGACAAGAUAGUUGACGAUAUUAACAAAGAGAAAGAUGAUGCCCUUAGUGGGAAAAUUGGUGUAGAGAAACAUCUCAUUGAUAACACAGGAGAUCACAAUAUACAUCAUGUAUAUGAAGGUCAAAAGAAGGAGAAACAUGAAUCAAAUACAAUUAAUGAAGAUGAUGAGGAAAAUCCUCCCAUAAAUGAUGACAAUAAUUCCAAUGAUGAGGAAAGUCCUCAUAAUGAUAAGAAUAAUGGUUCCAAUGAUGAGGAAACUCCUCUUGAUAAUAGGAACAAUGAUUCCAAUGAUGAGGAAAGUCCAGCAAAUGAUGGAGGCAUUGAUUCCAACAAAAGGGAAAAUGCUCCCAAUGUUGGAACAAAAACUCAGAGUGUUGGGAAAAAAAUUCAGAAUGUUGAACAAAAACGUUCUAACAAUGGUGAACAAAUUUCAAAUAGAGGGGGAAAACCCCACGAUCCAAAUCAUUCUAAACUUGUAGCUAAAAUUUCUAAAGUUAGUGAAUGGACUGUAAAAAAUCCACAUCCAAUCGUUGAUAAUCUUCAACAAAAGUGGGAGGAGCAUCAGAAACAAACGUCUGGCAACAGACAAGUAGCAUCAAAAGUUAAAGAUGGAAUUAUUCGUGACCAGAAUCCAAGUUCUCCACAAAAAGUGAAAAAAGAAACAUUGAUUUCACACAAAGCUCAGAAGGAUUCAGUUCAACAUGAAAAACAAUUGCAACAAAAUGUUGAUUUGAUUAAGAAUAAAGUGCAACCAGUAGGAAACACUGGAAAGACUAUCAAUUCCGAAAUCCAUCAGGAACAAGUUAGACAAUUACAAAAAUCCAAAAGCAGACCUUUUCCUAAAGACCAAGUCAACAUACAGAAAGAAAAAAUAUCUGUGGAUAAUAAUUUGAACACUGUUGAUGGAAAAGUUCAGAAUAAUGUGAAAUUUGAAAACAAUGAUAUGCAUAAAGAACAAGAUCCAAAUGGAAGUGUGGUCAAACAACCUGGGAAUGUGGUCAAACAACCUGGAAGUGUGAUCAAACAAUCUGCUAAUGUGGUCAAACAACCUGGAAGUAAGGUCAAACAAUCUGCUGGUGUGGUCAAUCAACCUGGUGGUGUUGUAAAGCAACCUAACAAUGUAAACAAACCAGUUCAAACCCUCAAUUCACACCUAAAUCAGCAUCUACCCGACAACACUGAUAAACAUGUUAAACUUGAAAGUUCUGGAAAGAAACCUAUUAUAAAUGAACCCAAAGAUGGACAAAUCAAAACACAAUUUAAAGAGGAGCAUGAAGAAAUCGGUGUUCAAAAACGAAACACUUUAGUAUUGAUGCAUAAUGGAUCGCCAGUUACAUUCCCUGAUAACUAUUAUGCUCAAAACAUUCAUGAUAUCACAGAACAUUGGAUGGAUAAGGAUACCUAUAUAUUUAGUACAAAACAGCUCCCUAUCCAGAACUACAUGCCCAGUGUUGGUAACGGACAUGUAGCCGCUGUGGUGAAUGGAAAGUAUAUGUUCAUGAAUGGAGUGUACAAUGGAGCGGGGUCGAGGAGCCAUCGUGCGCAAAUACCAGCAUAUUGCGCCUGUAAUGUCACCUCUAUAGAGCCUAUAGCACCUGGCUUGACUAGGACAUAUACUCUGAAUGUCCUACAAGGUAUUUUCUUGCAAGAAAUGAGCAACAAUUUGUACAAAGUGACGCAUCGUAUCUAUGCUCAUCGAAACAUUUCGCAGCUCAUGGUUGUGGAAAUUGAAGUAGAAAAAUUUGACCCUGACAUCGAGGUCAAGGUCAAUAUUGAAUUGACAAGAGGUCAAGGUCACAGUCAAGAUAUUAACUUUGGAGAAUCACCAGCCAAAAUAAAGGGUGUCAGAUAUCGUCAUGGUGAGAUUUAUACUCCGGAGACAGUCGAUUCAAAGCGAACUCAAGUGCAUGUGUACUUUGAUGCGAUACCUAGAGUACUGAAUGUUCCGAAAGCUUUGAACUAUGUGAAGUAUGUUUAUUUGAUGUCUUCUAGCGUGACCAAGUUAGAUGCUAUGGAAGGAUACCAGCUAGGAAGGUCCAUGUUACAAGACGCAGACAAGCUUUAUGUUGACCACAUCAAUACAUGGGCUAAGCUUUGGAGUAGAGGUAGAAUAGAUGUUGAGGGAAACGUACCUCUUGCCCAGACUAUAUAUGCCAGUAUGUACUACACCCUAAGUUCCAUUCCUGUAAGGCAGAAUCCAGUUCAGCCAUUUUGGGGACUUGCACCAUCUGGAUUGGCCCAUGGUGACAAAGAUGUGGACUACAAUGGUCAUAUAUUCUGGGAUCAAGAGACAUGGAUGUUCCCUCCAAUCAACCUGCUGCAUCGGGAGCUAGCCCCCCUUAUACUAGAGACGAGAACCCGCAUGUUAAAGCAGGCCAGGCUCAAUGCACAACAGAAUGGCUACAAGGGUGCGCAGUACCCAUGGGAAAGUGCUUUUACUGGUGUUGAAGUGAGUCCUUCAAAAAAUUGCUCCAAGUAUGAAGUUCACAUCAACGCAGAUAUUGCCCUAGCCAUCAAACACUACCUUUAUCUAACUAGGGACCAGGAGUAUGUCGUAGGAGAAGGAGGUGACGUCAUAAUUGCACUUGCAGAAUUUUGGGUUUCGAGGCUCUUUCAUAACAUGACGGAAAAGCGAAAUGAAAUUAGAGGUGUUAUGCCCCCAGAUGAAUACCACUUCCCGGUCAAUAACUCUGCAUAUACAAAUUAUGCUGCCAAACUAGCCUUAGAGCUGCCAGACUUAGCAUAUAGGAUGAUACAGCAACGGUUAAAUACUGCAUCUGGUUAUUCAAGGCUUGCCUCUGAGAUGUAUAUUCCAUUCGACAUAGAGAAGCAAUAUCACCCAGAAUUUGAUGGCUAUGUUGAAGGUACUGAAGUAAAGCAGGCUGAUGUAGUGAUGUUGGGAUACCCUCUUAACAUGGAUAUGCCUGAGUCAGUCAGGAAAAAUGAUCUCAAUAUUUACAGAAAGGUGACAGACAUGAGUGGUCCAUGCAUGACAUGGAGCAUGUUUGCCAUCAACUGGUUGGAUAUAGGAGACACAGAAAAUGCUGAUAAAAUGUUUAAGUGGGGCUACACAAAUGCCCAUAGGCCAUUCAUGGUGUGGAAGGAGAAAGUUGUUGGUGAGGGUGCUAAAAACUUUCAAACAGGAAUGGGUGGAUUCCUCCAGAGUUUACUUUAUGGUUACGGGGGCUUCCGUAUUCUUGAAGACCGCCUCCAGUUUAACUUUGUGAUGCCACCAGCGACAAAACUUUUUGUCCUAACGGGAGUAGACUAUUUAGGCUGUUCCUUCGAUUUCACAGCUGAUUACCAAUUUGUCCAUGUUACUAUGACAACAUGUAGUGAUAUUGCGCCACCUAUGGCAGUGUAUUCAUAUACUGAUAAAAUGCAACUGAAGUUGACUCCGAAGAGUCCUAUGAAAUUGAAUAGAGUAAAGAAUGCCUUGAUGCCAAUAAAAAAAGAAAAUACAGGAUAGAUGUCAAAAUUAAUACAGUUCUGGAAUGCAGUUCAUGGAUGUGCCCAAGAUAAAAUGAUAGGCCAAGAGUUAAUUUUUAAGAAAAAAUCAUCUUGCCAAUCUUCACUUAGAAAUCUUUGAAAUUCCAAUUGUCAUGUAGUUAAAGUUAAUGAUUUAAAAAGAAAUAUGGGCAGGAACAUUUUCAUUUUUCCUUUGCUUCAUUUGCCAGCCAUAUAUUUCGAUUGUGUUUUGUCGCCAGGUGUUUCAUUUUGCCAGUUGUAUAUAAGUGUGCUGCAUUUACUGUAUACAUGUAUAAGUGUUUGGGAUGCCCAUUAUCUGCAGUGAUAUCCCCAGCAUUACAGCAAGUGGGCGCAGCAUCCACCUGAGAUUUUGAAACA